AUGCCGGGCGAGACCCACUCGGCGGCGCCCGGGACGGCGGCCGACCUCGCGCAGUGCCAGGGCUGCGCCUCUCUGCAGCAGAAUUUAAAUGAAUAUGUUGAAGCAUUAAUUACCUUGAAACAAAAAAUAAUCAAUACGGAUAAUUUGUUAACAGAAUAUCAGAAGAAGUGUGAUGAGCUGCAGUUUGCUCGAAGAGAGAACAGUACUCUGCAUCACCAAGUGGAGCAGAUGCUCCAGAAGAUUUCUCCUCUGCAGAAAUGCCAGGAAGAGUUGGGGUCAUUGAAAGCAGAGCUAGAAGAGAAGAAGAGCUCUCUAAAGUUAUAUCAGGCUUCUCACCAGGAAUAUGCUCGUGUGAAAGAAGAAUGCUUAAAAAGCGAUGCCCAGAAGAAGAAGCUAGAAGCUAAAGUGAAGAAGCUGGAAGAGGCUGCUGUCAAGCAAACUCAAGACUUCAAGCAACUAAGAAUUGAAAAGAAGAUACUGGAGAAGGAAUUUAAGAAGACCCAGGAAAGGCUUGAUGAGUUUUCUAAACAGAAAAAUGAAAAGGGGUUGAGACAUAUUGGAACACAAAUUUCAAGUGAUUCAUAUGGAAGCAUAGAUAAGAGAAAAGUAAAACUGCUCCUGAAGGAACUCUGGCUGUGCGUGAACACAGCACACAGGCUCCCCAGUGACGUCGGCAGGCACACUCCAGAAAAACUUGGCCAGGACGACAGUAGCUUCACAACAUCUAGGGAGGAUGACACACCGUCUCCAUCACAAGGGAGUCCUUCCAGGGCCUCGGGUGUGCAAACGUGCCAGGCAGAACUGUCCAUGGAGGUGGAAGAGAGCUUCGCUCCCUGUGAAAGUGUGGCAAAGCAGAGGCCCUUUGGAGCUGGGCUUGGUCCUGGCCGUGCUCCUAACGAGGUGUUAAUGCGGAGUCCUGAUGAAGAGGACAGGGCUGGCGCUUCUGCCCAUGCUCCAUUGUUUGAUGAAGAUCUUCAAGCUGCAAUUGACUUCUUUAGAUUUCCUCUUCCUCUUGUGUCUCCAGUGCCCUCUCCUCCUCUGACGUCCUCCACAAGCCACCUGCGCCCCUUGCCUUCCUUGCUGGCACCUGAAACCUACUUUGGAGAGUACACAGAUUCCAGUGAUAAUGAGUUUGUCCCACAUGAAGAUUCUGCUGAAGAUGAUGACACAGCUGACUCACAGGCUUGUUUUGGCCUAGCCAGAAAAAAUAAAGGAAAUGGUACCUGGGAGGAGAAGCCCAAAUCAAAAGAAACUGUCCAAGUUCUAAAUAAGUUCACAGUAAAUGAAGUGAAAACGGUUGGGUGUAAGACAUUAGCAGCACCCCUGGGAGAAGCUUCAGCCACAUCUGCUUUUGCUCAGGAAACGCGCUGGACGGUGCCACCAGACUUCGUGAGUUGCAGAGGUCGACUGGCAGAUGAGGGGCUCGGGGAGAGGAGAAGGUCUGUGCAAGCUGAGCAAGUGCUUCCCGGCCCCUCCAGGAGCCUGCCGGCCGAAAAGUUGUCUGGCGGGCUGUCAGGAGGCCGGGAGGCCGAGGCUGGGAAGUCCGGUUUGUAUUUCAUGUCCCUUGGCAAGAGGCCUCUGAAUGAACUCAUUGGCUCUGAUGAGAAAGCCUCGUCUUCGAAAAAGAUAGGAUCACCCCACUCAGAGUUUAUCAGGUACACACUUGCUGAUGAGUUUCCUUCCACAUCAGGUGGUGUCACAGGUUGUGGCUCUUUUCCAAAGACACCUAGAGAAACAGCAAAGGAAAGGGAAGAUGACCAAGAAUCCACUUCAGAAUCAUCGGAAUCUGAGGAUGACGACCCAGGCGACGGGCUGGGUCCAGUGGGACAGGACGGUGGCGCAAAGUCUUCCUCGACCUCCAUGUCAGUGUCUAAUUUCAGUCACCCUCAGCCCUCGAAGCUACAGUAUGUUAACAUCGCAGAUAUGCUAAGUAAAACAAUGCCCACCCAACUGCCUCAUUCAGAACAAACACUACCAACUCGAAACCUGUUACUUGCGCAGUCCGAGCCACCAGAGCCCUCUCCGCAGGGAAGCAACCCGGGGAGCCGCUUAUGUUCUUUGAGCCCAGGACUAGAGUCACUGACGUUUAGAAAUCCGAGGAGCAGGCAGACAGCAGGUGCAAACAUGGCAAAAGACACGACCAGAAUCUCACUUUCUCAUUCAGUGUUUAGGAAGAUGACAAAUGGUGGACAGAGUGAAAGCCGAGAUCCUAAGUCGGCUUUGCCUUCCACAGGUUCUGAGUCUGGCUUGGGCGAGAGGGACCGUGGUUGUGAUCAGAGCACUUCGUGGCACCACAAUGAUUCAGUAAGGAGAGGCGGUGAAGAAAGCCCAAGUGCUACCUCAGAACGUGAACCAAAGUCUGGUCAUCAGCUAGAGAAGGCCGCGACAGCCUCACAAAAUGGGGCAUCUUCAGCCACACUUGAGCUGCCAAGAGAAAAUGCCAGUCCUGCUUCUUUACUGCUCAGCCCAGCGUUGGUCACCAUGGGACGGGCAAGUCCCGAGCAGGAUCUGAGGGGCAGUGUGGAUGUGGGACACCGUGAGAAUGAGUUGACCUCAGCCCCAGAAGAGGGUGAUAACCAUGCUGAUGAUGUGCCUGCUGCGGAGUGUGUCGCGGAUCCGGCCAAAACAACAGGAAACAUCCAAGAAGGGCCUGCCCAGAGGAGCACUUCUCCAGAACUUUCUGUGUCUUGUAGCAAACUGGAUUUUGAUUGUCAAGGUGGUCCCGUACCAGCAGAAAAUGUUGAUUGUUCCACAAGUAGGAGAUUGUCUUUCUCAUCUGAGGAUGCCCCCUGCCAAAGCCAGGACUCCAAGGAAGCCGCAGGGCUCGAGGAGGGGCCAGGCGAGGCUCUGGGCGAGGCACCGCGGCCCUCACAGGCUCCACCUGCCCCAGAUCCCGACCCCCUCUGCCAAAGCCAGGACUCCUCCAAGGAAGCCUCAGGGCUCGAGGAGGGGCCAGGCGAGGCUCUGGGUGGGACACCGCAGCCCUCACAGGCUCCACCUGCCCCAGAUCCUGACCCCCUCUGCCAAAGUCAGGACUCCUCCAAGGAAGAUGCAGGGUGUGAGGAGGGGUCAAGGGAGGGUCCAGGCGGGGCACAGCAGCCCUCACUGGCUCCGCCUGCCCCAGAUCCCGACCCCCUCUGCCACAGCCAGGACUCCUCCAAGGAAGCCUCAGGGCUCGAGGAGGGGCCAGGCGAGGCUCUGGGUGGGGCACCUCGGCCCUCACAGGCUCUGCCUGCCCCAGAUCCUGACCACUCUGGGGUGGAGAGCGGUGAACUGCUUCCCACUGAGUCCACCAGGUCAGGGGACCGUCCUGCAGAAGAGAGCCCCUGUGGGCAUGCAGGCAGCCCAGGCGGCGAUGCUUUGGCUGUUGCAAACGAUUCUGCUACCAUGCGGCAGAGUUGUGAGCUUUCCAGAGUGACAUAUCCCGCACCUCCAGCUUCCCCCCAGCUGCACCUCCCCACGGCCACCGGGCUCUCCGGAGUGCCUUUCAGGACAGCUGAGGAGAUGCGGGGCAUCCCCAGCAGCAGCCUUCCGGGCACUCCAGAGCGGGGAGAGGAGAGCAGCACGGACGGGAGUGAGCCUUUCAGCUGCAGUGAAGGAGAGCUUGAGGGCGACGCUGUGGAGGGCAGCGGACGGCAGCAGAUCGCCAGUGACGCCCAGAGCACUGCGGGGGGAAUGGAGGGCGCGGCCCCCGCCCACCAGCCCGCGGUGGAUGUGGGGUACCUGACCUUGGCUCUGCAAGACUUUAACAUCAGUGCUUUUCCUGACAUAGACAGACUUUCUACAUCAGAUGUUGCUGUGUUUCUUGAGAGUUGUCAGUUACAAGACUGUAGUUCAGGGGACUCUGUUUCGGAAUGUUCCAGCAAAGGAACUGAGAUGAGCAAAGAGCUAAAGCAAAGUGGAGUCUCAGGAGAGAAAUGUGAGGAGCAGCUUUGUGAAGAAGAAACACCGGGCACCUCUGAGGAGUGGAUUGAAUCGGAAAAGGUUGACAGCUCCUUAAAAAGUCCCAGUCAGCUUGUCCAGUGUUCUUUGGAGACCCUGACUGAGGUUCUCACCAAGAUUGGGCAGGAACUUCAGACAAACUGUGAGGACUGCGAUGAUGUGGACAGUGGUGAUUUAUCGCUCGUGAGUGUGAAUAGCCCAGCUACUGAAGGUUUGAAAGAGAGUGGCCCCUCCGAGGGAGCCAGCGGCUCCACACCCCGUUCUCCAGAGCAGUUCCUGCUCGUCACUGAAGAGCAUGUUGAGGACCGCUCGGGCGCGCUCAGCGUUGACCUCGCCGCUGGGAGUGCGGAUGCUGGGAAGGAUGGCCUGGCUGCACCUGCAGACUCUCCAGUCCCCGCCUCUGUCUCUGUGACCCAGUCCAGGAUGGAGCAGAGCUCUGGUUAUGAGUCAGAGACGUUUCAUAUCCACACGUCUUCAGGGACCUCCGAAGUUACGGACACACACGUGGAGAAGGAUCAGACGGGAGGCCCCGAGAAAGAGGUGGAGCGGGCGGCGGGCGGCACGGCGGCCUCCCCCGCUGUGGGCCCUCCUCAGGCUCAGGAGGAGGCGGAAGCUGCCUCUGUCUCCAUGGCUUCCACAGAGAAUUCCCCAGAGACUGGUCACACAGCCCCUCCGUUUCAAGAACCUCCAAGUGGCAGUGCCUUUACAGCGGCCCAAGGGGAGGUGUCAGGCAACAGCCAGAGUGCCAAUUUUGAUAAAAGUCGCUUGCGUAAUAGACCUGUUAAGCCUAGUAUAUGGAUUAGUUCUCAAAUAUACGACCAGACCUUUGAGGCUCAGAACGUGGCAUCUGAUCAUACGUAUUAUAACUCAAAACUAGAGCCAUCUGGCAAAAAUAAGAUGCGAUCCAAAAUUUCAAACAAAGAUCCAUCCAACAAGCCAGUGAAGACUUCAGUGAGCAAGGGAGAAGUUCACACCGACAUACCUGAGUCCCUUUCAGGAGAGAGUGGUAUGAAAAGUCAGAGAGGUCAAACUCAGCCCGUUCUAGCACAGGCUGAUACCUCUGUGUCCACAGAUGGCCCUGUGGACACUCUGAGCAAGAUUCGCCAGGAGGUGGGGCCCCCACUGCCGCCUCUUCUGGCCCCGCUGAUAGCCACGCCCCCACGGGCUGCCCCCGUGCCCUCGCCCCUCCUCCCCAGUCCUUCCUCCCCAGCCUCUCCCCUUGGUAAGAUUUCCCCGGCCUGUGAAAUCCCAGUGCCUCCUCUGCUGUCUCCGUGGCCAGAAGAGCCCCUGAGCUCUUCCCCACCCGAGCCCUCUCCGUCUCCGUCUCCAGCAGCCGGUGGGAGGAUACUGUCCUCUCCUUUGCAGUUCUGUGCGGCCACACCCAAGCAUGCCCUUCCGGUGCCUGGAAGACUCCCACCCUGUGCCCCAGGCCCGGCCGCGGUGGCAGUGCCGCAGGAGAAUUCUGUGAAAAUCCUUGAUACCAUGUAUCCCGAGUUGUCUGCCCGGGCCCGGACCCUCAGCAUCCUCAAAGGCAACAUGCAGCUGUCUCGAGGGACAUCUGCCGACGGUAAGACCUUGCCAGGCCGAGUCAGCGCUCUCCUGGGGCUCAAAGCCAUCACGUCCACAUCCACGGCCUUUGUCAAAACAGGAAGUAGCUCUGGUGGUGACAGUUGCCAAGGUAGGUCGAGAGACUUGGGACCUCAGCAGGCCCCAGGUAGCAAAAGAACAUUGUCAGCAUCUGCACCGAGGAGUGCCAAACGACUGCGCCUGGACAGCGAGUCCCCAGAGCCGGAGCCCCAGGGGGACGUGGGGGAGGGGGUCCACGGGAACCUCCCGGAACACCCCCGACAGGCCGAGGUCACAGCAGGGGAAAGGAGCUCAGUGCUGGCCAGCAGCCCCGUUCCACAGCUGCUUGUGAGCCCCAGAGAAACUGUGGAGUCCCAUGAUCAGGCCAUCCUGCAUGCACUGAAGAAAGUGGCUGAGUCGUCCUUCGACCUGCUGCCUGUCAUUAGGAGCCAUGUCUACGUGGGAAACAUCUCCAAGAAGCCUGUGAUGAGAGACCAGGAGAAAGAGGUGGUCUUUGAGUUCAGCACAAGGAAAAAGCAUUUAGCAGAACGCUUGCUUCGCUCCAUUCUCUCAGAACUAAAACUUCAGAAGAAGUCUAUAGAUCCCAGUUAUGUCCAUGCCCUCUGCAGGGUGUAUGUGGGCAUUUGCCGGCAGCUUGGAGACUUGGAAAGAGCUCGCUUGUUUUGCUAUAGCCUACUUAAGGAAGAUUUUCCGGAGUCUGAGAAACUGGCUCUGUUUGUUGCAAACAUGUGGCACGAUGUGUUUGUCUCUCAGUCGGUGAUUAGUAAAGCAAUGCAGUUGGUUGCAAGGCAGCGUGCUAAGGGAGAGGUUCUCAACUGUUUGAGAGCCUUCCUCAACUGGGAAAAGAGCGCGCCCAUGGAUGUGGGUGUCAUGGUGUCGAAGCUGCUGCUGACCAUACAGUUAUGUCCAAAGACAGAGUUCCAGUCCAGCGAGACCUACGGUGAAGACCUCAGUGGUGACACGUGGGAAUACAUAUUUGCCAUCGAUCUGCUUUGCUGCCAUCAGAAAUGGAUUUGGACACAUGAUAACAUUAUAAGUAAGGAGCUGUGGCCUGUAAUGGAUAAGUGGAUAAAGUACAGAAAAGGACACGCCAGCAUUGCCUUCACUCCCGACGUCAUUAUAGCCUCCGUCCUGAGACUGAUUGGUCGAUUAGGCCAAUUGGGUUUGAAGGAAGGAUUUCCAACUGCGGUGAAAAAUAUUAGCUCUGUGAUUGGGACGUUCAUACAGCAUGCUCAGGACGAAGAUAUCCCGUGGGGCAUCCAGCUAGCAGCCGUGUACGCCCUUUGUGAUCUGAGCCCCAGCAACCCAGCACAGAUCGCCCAGGUCCUGGAAGGCUGGCGCAGAGCGGCCUCCAACAGCGUGCCGUCCGCGCUCCUCGGCUACCUGGAGGAGGUGGGCGCCCUGGGCCAGGAGGGCGAGCCUCGCGCCACCCCGUGAGCGGGGAGAGCCCCACAGGCUCACCAGUCUCCCUUUGGAUACAGACUGCGGCUCCACGCAGCACCGAGGCUACCCCCCUGACCCUGCUGCCCCCACC